AUUAAACCAAAGAAAGGUUCGUAUUCAGCUGGUCAUAACACCUUUCUUCCACCUUGAAUAGUUGUGGUCUCUCCGGAGAGAAAGAAAGAGAGAGAGAGCGAUGGGUUGGCUAAGUCGAUUUGUGGCGGCCGUGACUUUCUUAGCCAUCGGGGUGAUAUUCUCUCCGGAAACCUUUGGAUCUAAUUCCAUUGCUCAGCUACCGACUUAUCUGAAACUGGCUCACCUACUCAGCUUUUCCACGGCUUUUGGUGCCGCUCUCUGGGUCACCUUCAUCGGUGGCAUCAUCAUGUUCAAGAAUCUACCAAGGCAUCAGUUUGGUAAUUUGCAAAGCAAGAUGUUUCCUGCAUAUUUUUGGCUGGUGGGGGUGUGCUGUGCGAUAUCUGUGGCAUCAUUUGGUUAUUUGCAUCCAUGGAAAUCAGCUUCCCCUUCUGAGAAGUACCAGCUGGGUUUCCUGUUAUCUUCCUUGGCUUUCAAUCUUACCAAUUUGUUUGUCUUUACUCCCAUGACUAUCGAGAUGAUGAGGCAGAGGCACAAGGUGGAGCGGGAAGAAAACAUUGGGAAUGAAAUUGGGUGGUCAAAGAACCAGGAAGUUGCUAAGGCUAACCCAAAGCUUGCUGCAAUGAACAAGAAAUUUGGCAUGAUCCAUGGUUUUUCAUCCCUUGCUAAUAUUAUGUCUUUUGGAAGCCUUGCCAUGCAUUCAUGGUACUUAGCAGGAAAGAUGAAUCUGUAAUUUGUACUUCCGGUGAAGCUUGUUUCUGGCUAUAAAUUAAAUUAACUGGGCAAGGACAUGAGUGCUUUCUCUUUGAUUAUUUCUGGUUGAGUGGUUGUUCCUGGCCAAGCUGUGUAUUGUCCUGAACAAUGUGUUAAGUUUAAGAAGUUCAUCGACCUCACAUACUCUGAAAUAAAAGUUCACAGAUUUAUACUUCUA